UUUCUGUUGCUCCGAGGACAACUUUUUCCUCCGCGCGCUGCUCUGCUCUCCAUCUCACCCAUCGUCCUCUUCUCCCCUCUCUCCCCCCUCUCUCUCUCUCCAUCGUACAUCAUAAUGCCAGUGUAUAGUUCCAUGCAGAAGGGUAAGACGCGCGGUCCGACCUGUUAAAUUGCCCCGAUCUCCAUCUCUUCCCUGCUUGGCGCGCGUCCACGGGAUUCCCAGCAGCCACAGAGGGAUCAUACUGGCAGGUCAAUGAAGGUGCAUCACUGAAGUGACGCCUUUGUGCAAGUGCGACACAGGCACUUCCACCUCCCCCUCCCUCCCUUCCUUCCUUCCUUCCUUCCUUCCUUCCUUCCUUACACCCUCCCUCCCUCACUUACAUCCGGGUCGGAACCAGCGCAGGCGAACCAAGCGGAAAAACUCCCGAGUCCAGGCCGUGAGACGGUGAUCAGGCUUCGGCCUCAGGUGCAUCUCUGAGGCGGGGCGACGCUGGAGGUCCAGGUGUUGUGGAGGCAUGGACUGUAACUGCGUCAGUGAUCUGCUGCUCCCCCCGGUGCCCGCGCUCUGGACGCCAGUCAUUCAGACAGCAGCGGCAGCACUCCUCCGCCCCCAGCCCCCUGGUGAGCAGCGGGACAAACGACAGGCCUCAUCCUCCUCCUCCUCCUCUCUUUCCUGCUCCCUCCGUCCAGGGUUCGCCUUCCCAGACUGGGCGUACAAGCCUGAGUCGAGCCCCGGCUCCAGGCAGAUCCAGUUGUGGCACUUCAUCCUGGAGCUGCUGCAGAAGGAGGAGUACCAGGGAGUCAUCGCCUGGCAGGGCGACUACGGAGAGUUUGUCAUCAAGGACCCAGACGAGGUGGCGCGGCUGUGGGGGAUCAGGAAGUGCAAACCACACAUGAACUACGACAAGCUGAGCAGGGCUUUGAGGUAUUACUACAACAAGCGCAUUUUGCACAAAACCAAAGGGAAACGAUUCACCUACAAGUUUAACUUCAGUAAGGUGGUGUUGGUGAACUAUCCCAUCCUGGACAUGGCCAACUCUCCCUUCUUUCUGGCCCAGAAUCACUUCAACGGGGGCUCCACGGCACCAGACUGCACCCCAGAGGCCAUACAGUCCCUGUUUCCUCGCCUGCCGGACUCCAGCAGAGGAACAUCCUUGUUCGAUCGAGGGACGACGGCACCGGGGCCCGAAGGAGACAAACUAAGACUGGACACGUUCCCUUUCCUCAGUUCAGGUGCCCCGUGCUACUCCAAACCCCCGUCUCUGCUGGGCCCGUACCCACGCAACCCACCCUUUGACUACCCGUGGGGAUUCAAUCCCUACCUCCCAGGGGCCUUCUCCCUCAAUAACUGCCCCAAACUGCCCCCUGGCUCUCUCUACCCCUCCCAGUUUUACCCCAACCCUUUGCAGAGCAGCCUCUCCCAGCUGCCUCACCCCUUCUCCUCACUGCUCCCCCCAGGGGAGGCAGGUGGGGGUGAGAGGGGGGCAAACGGCACAGCGGGUGGUCAGCCAACCAGGCCCUGCCUGCCGCCCUACCCGGGGGGCCUGUCGCUGGGUCGCACGGACAUUGGAAGCGGGGCGACAUUGGGGGAAAGGGUGGAGGACAAUCCUCCAGGCACGGGGCUCAGUCUGGGGCUGGGAGCCGUCGGGCUGGGAGCCGGAACUGGGGCAGAGCGGCAGAGCCCCACAGAGAGGAGAGGAGGGGUGAAGCAGGACCCAGAGUCGGACUCAGACCUGGAGAUCACGGAUCUGAGCGACUGCAGCUCGGAGAACGAAAACGAGCACGAUUUCGGCCUGAGGAAGGAAUCCAGCCUGGCCAGCCGAUCGCAGAUCCUGUUGGAUGGAAAGAAAGCCAGCGCGCUGCCACCCAUCUCCGCUCUGCCCCCGCCGGUGUCACCGCAUCCUCUGAAGAGCCUGAUUCCCAUCACUCCUCCUCCUCCUCCACCGCCGUCCCUGGCUGCAUCACUCUCCCCCUCCAUGGCUCUGCGGGAAAGACACAGGGAGACGGAGUCUGUGAAAAUGAUGCACAGCUAAUACGUGUUGUGGUCUUCUCUGCCUGUCUAUGCUCUGAUAACUCUCUUCUUCUCUCCUUUCAUUUGUCUGCUUCAAACGAUCACCUCCAGUGAGAAAUACUUCCCCCCCAGGGAGGGCACUUAUAAAAUGUCUCUCUCCCUGUUUACAUAAGGGCCAUGAUCAUACUGACAAAGGCUGGGUGACGUGGAUUACAGAGUAAUCUCCAGAGUUUUAGACCCAGGUCCACGGGGAUAUUCUCUGGACUCAUGAAAAGUUUUCCUUUGAGAUGUUUGUGCUUCUCAAAGCAGAGUGACGAUACACUGUAAAUACACUCUAAAAUAAAAGCUGGACUGUUUAUGAUCUCUAUUACAUCAUCUUACAAUACACUACAUCUUAAAGAGGCAGGAAAAGUCAUCACAGACACAUUAUCAUCAAAUCUAAGACCACAUCUAGUCUCAUGUCACAAUACAGAUAUCGAUAUGUUGCCCAGCCCUAAUCUUGACUUUGCCAUCGACACUGUUUUUUUGGGCAUCAUCAGUCUCUAACGCCACCAUCUUGUCCUUUCUGCUCUGGUUUUCCACAAAAGAAUCGCUCCAUGCUUUGUAGAUGUACAAAUGUGUUGCAGUUUUUUGGGUUUUCUGUCCACAGACAGAACUGCAAUGUCAAUAAAAGCCCAAAACUAACAAAACAAAACAUAACGCUCAAGUCAAGUCCAUUUUACACACUCUAGAUACAGGAUGCUCUCCAUCAGUUCUGUAUGAGAGCCAGUCAAAUACUGCCACCUGGUGUUGCAGUCUGUCACUGUGCAGUCUGCCUCCAUCGUCUCUCUUUCUAUUCUUUCUGCCCCAGAGUUCAUUUUGCACUUACGUUGAUACAACUCUGUUUCUUGCGGGUCAGUUCAAAUGUGAAGGAAAAACAACAACCACAACAAAAAAAAAAGAAAAUCAUAUUUCUAGUAGUGCUAACUGUGAUGGUAUGUGAAUAUUGGUUUAUUUUGUCCUGUGUAUUUUCUGUUUUUCUUUUGUUUUUCAAAGAAAAAGGGAAGAAAAAGAGAGCAUUGACGAGCUGGGCCGCUCUUAACAUUUGUAUUCAUAUUUCAGUGUACAUAUAUUUUAAUAUGGUGUAUAUUACUAUUUAAUUACUAUCUCGCUAUGAUAAGAUUUAGCUGUUAUCGUUGUGAUUUCAUUCGGUAUUGAAACAUGUUUGGAGAAAAAAGAAUUAUAAGCUUCGGUGUGUCAAACUUUCAAUUAUUAAUGCACUCUGAAGAUGUUUUUUUUUUGUUUUUUUUGAGGACAGAGGUCACACUGGGAUUUGCCUCUGAUUUGAUCAAACCCAGUUAAUUGUGCCCUUUGGUCAUUUUUUUGCCAGAUGCCCGACAUACAAACCCCUUUGGUUUAAAUAUAUGCUGGUAGACUUAUUUUUAUGGUUAAAAUUCACCCAGUGUUACUGAAGUGUAAUUAGUCAAAGGUGAAUAAUGCUGUUUUUUUGAAUUUUCUUUCCUAAAUCACCCCCUGAAAGUCUGUUUUAAUUCAUUACCAAUCAAUGCUUUUUGUCCAUGCCAGCAGCAGGGCAAUCCGGUGAGCUGGAGGACAUCAAUAUAUAUUCAAAAACGGUUUCUCUGUUUUUGACACGACCCAGUUUCCCAGCACAGAGUCAUCACCAAACCAUAUUGUACAGCUUUAUAGCCUAUGGUUUGUCAAACAGUGGCAGUAUAUGAUUAGUUGUGAAAGCUCUAUUGUAAAGUUAAUGUAAAGCUCUAUGUUUUGAGUUGCUACAGAAACGGCCUCCUCCAGUCCAGUCCAGUCGAGUCCAGUCCAGUCUCCAUGUGGACUGACAUGUGUAAAUACUGUUGUGUGUGUAUGUGUGUGUACACAUUCAAAAAUGACAACGCAAGUGUUUUGAACCUGUCAUCUCUUUGUUUUACUGUAAAGAUGCUGAAAAAAAAAAAGAAGAAAAAAUAUUAAUAUCUUCAAAAGCAAUAAACAUUAUUCUGGAUAGUG